AUCGUUAGGUGAAGCCCGGCUUUCGUAGCCGACGCUACCGCGCCGACCCUGAACCCGCGCGCUAUGCGCGCUAAGAUUGGUUAGCGUUUUUCCUUAAUAAUUUAAAAACGAAGCUUUAAACAACAUUUUCCUUCGCGAAAAUUCAAAGCCUUGCGGCUUACACUCUUUUUGGGACACCCUGUAUAUACACAGCUAUGGCAUGUAAUAUACAAACUUAUAGCUACCUGUAAUGUCACCACCGACGCGACGAGAGAUUGUCUCUCUCGUCGGUGAUGUCAUUCACGCAGCUCCUUAGUGAGAAAAAAUCCCACGAAAGUGCACAGGGUUGGGUCAUCCGAGCAUUUUCUAGGGUUUUUUACAUUUUACAGUAUUUUACGGUAAGAUACGUUAAAAAUGUAUAAAACGUAUAACCAGAUUUGUGCCGUUUGUGGUUAAACUCAAAAUAAAGAAAUAAUCACAGGAUAGCCUUAAUUUAUCUAAAAAGAUGUAUUUAUGUUACAGAAUACAGAAUAUAGUCCCCAAAAAAUGAACUCCUCUACUGAUAAAAAUACUUGUAAAAUUUUCAUUUUCCCAACAUUUAUGGCGAGGCCUGCCGCUAAAACUUCGUUUCAUGGCUUAUUUUAACUAGAGGGUGAGAUAUAACUGCGAAACUCCCUGAUUUUAAUAAUAAAUAUCGUAAAUAAAGAUCUAUGGAUAACUACGUCUGUUUGGUAUCUAUAGUACAUACAUAACGUUAUGUAAAGAUGGCGCCACUUGGAGUAUGUAUGUAAAAAUUCAAAAAUCAUAUUAGACACUUCGCCGCUAAAAAAGUACCGAUUUUAUUAAUAUAGGUAGUACGAAGAAAAAUGGCUGAAUUCUCGGUAAACGUGGAAGAAGUUUCUGACAAUCAAGCCGAUCGAAUUAACUGUUUGAUCAAAGAAUAUACAGAGUUGAAAAAAAUGAUUAAUAAAUAUAAAACGAGCCGGUACUAUUGGGAAUUACACUAUUCUACUUUAUCGAUAAAUAUUUGGUCAGGACAAAUCAAAUACACAAAACUGCAGGAAAACGAAGCUCGUCUGCGAACAAGUAUUAUCGAGUCUACCAAACUAACAGACUUUAAAGAACAGGAAUUGAAAAAUUUGAUUGCAAAAAGAGGAAUAUAUUUCUCUGAACAAUGUGACAAUUUCCGAAUCAAAAGUACAAAAUUCACUGAUAAUUUUUUGCGCGCGCAAAAGGAAUAUUCAGUAGAUAUUUUAACGAAAGAUAUCAAACAAUAUUGCGAUGAAUAUGAAAAAACAAAUAAGGAAUUGCUAGAACUUAAAAACAAAUUAACAAAACUCGAAAUAGACUGUGGUUUCAAUUGUUUAAGCUUAGCCGAAGAGAAUGAUGAAAUAUUAAAAAUUAAUGCUGUUUUGAUUGAUGUAAGGGAAAAUAAUAAUAUUAAAUUAUUGAAGAUUAAAUCUGCGCAAGAUAUGUUGAAAGGAUUGAAAAAUGAAAUAAAACAGAAGAAAAUGUUGGCUAAUUUUUUUAAUAAAUAAUUUAUCUCAU